AUGAACUUCCAGCGGAUCUUUCAGCUUGGUCUCCGUCGAGCUACGGGACCUAGCUUUAGGUUGCAGCCUACAGGUCAUCUAGUCCAGCGGAGGCUUAUAUCGCAAGAACAAGCCGCCAAAAUAAUCGCUGAACAACGUAUACGACGCCCCGUCUCACUCCACUUAUCUAUCUACAAACCACAAAUCAAUUCGGUUACCUCGACCCUGCAACGUAUUACAGGCCUUACUCUAGCUGGUUCCCUCUACAUCUUCGGCAUCGCUUACCUUAUCGCUCCUUACACCAGAUGGCACAUGGACACUACAUCCAUGGUUGCAGCAGUUGCUGCGUGGCCCACUGUUAUCAAGAUGGGUGUAAAGGCUUUCGUUGCAUUUCCCUUCUUCUUUCACGGGUUCAAUGGACUGAGACACUUGACAUGGGAUGUUGGUAUUGGGUUCAAGAACCAGCAUGUUAUCAGAACGGGCUGGACAGUCAUUGGGACGACUGUUGUCGCGUCACUCUACUACACUUUCAUGACAUAG